AUGGGAAAUUUAGGAGUUAAAAGUUCUGCCAAACAGACGAAUAAUGAAAGAGGUGGAGCUGUUGGAGCUCUACAAAAUGAUGCGUUCUCCCAAGUCCCGGCCGCCCCACACCGCCGCCAUCCACUCCUCCUCCUCUCUGCGCCGCCUCCCACAUCCACGUUUGAGAGCGCAGGUUCUCCGGGGUCCGCGGCGGCCAAGCAUUGUCUCCCACGGGCGGCCGGGCCAGCGCACAAAUCCGGCGGCCGAAGCAGCAGCAGAAGGUCGCGGCAAAACCUCCGCGUCGCGUCCCCGCAACGAGGGAGCACGCGACCGCGGGACGAGCAGCAGCCGAUCAGCCCGCCGCCGCAGAAGGUUGCCAACUUGCCAAGACGGCAGCCGGCGAGGCCUCCCGCUCCACCAUCCUGUCCGGGUCGGCGGACCGCGGACAGGCCGUGCUGCACGUUCUUCGCUUCGCCGGCCAAGGCGGCCAAGCAGGAAUCCAAGAAUUCUUCCAGCGAGGCAUCCCGCUCCGGGGCUACACCACCGGCGAGGCCGUCCUCCUCAGUGGAGAUGGGUAGAAGACGAUCACGCCGUGAGGAGAGAGAGAUACCCAGGCCGAGUUUGCUUGCCAGCGGCGAGCUGGUGGUGCGCACCUGCAAGUGUGGUGUCCACAAGGAGUUCAGCUUCCACCAUUCCCACUGAGAUUGACAAGGUCAUUGCUAUCUGAAAUACUCCUGUACUCGAAGCUCUGAGAUUGAGAAGGUCAUUGCUGUCUGAACUACUUCUUUAGUUGCCUGCUUUGUUUAACUUGGCUACAUAGUUGAGGUACACUGCAAAUAAAAUGCUUUAUAUCCAAUAAUUUGUAGGAUAAGAAACACAUUCCAGAUUCACAUAAUAAUAAGGAUAUAGACCCUCCAUGCAUUUGUUGAUUCUUUUUAAACCCAAGAAGUAGCAAGAAGUGACCUGAUAGGGCAGCCGUACGGCAUAAAUAUAUAGUUCUGUUUGUGGUUUUGAAUUAUCAACAUUUAUAACUGAUAAUUAUCAUGCAAACUAAAAAUUUGAGAAAAAUAUGCGCAUGCUGAAUUUCUUAAUGAGAUCACAGUAAUCUUCCUUUGAAAGAAAAAACUAUUUUGAAACAUGCAUAUUGCCCGCACUUGCUUUUAAUUACUGUGAGUUUCAGGUACAAAAGGUCCUAACCUUCACAAUAUAUAUUGCCCACACCCUUGUUUUUCUUAAAUGAACAGUAUGUGUUGUUUGUUAAUUUUAUCUGAUCAGUAUGUAUUGUUUGUCACGUGAUACACUGAGUUAAGAAAGUCAUUGCUAGCGGUGCUGCUUUUUGGUAGCUAUAUUUUUCUGACUUCUAAGUACAACCAUAUUUUUUUCAGGGCUGCAAGCCUGCAACAAUGAUGGAUUUUUUUUUCCAUUCAGACCCAUAUCUUAGCAUUCGGCUGGUGUUUGUGGGUAGAAAUUAUUGCUGAACAGUUCUUUACCAGCAUUCUCUAACAGCUAUUUACAUGCAUAGUUAAACCAUUUGUAUCAAGGAAGUUUUGCUAAAUUUUAGUAAUUGUUCAGUUAGCCUUUUGCUUACCAUAAUUCCUUCCAAGAAAGGCCUCUGGGUGUAUUCAUAAUUCAUCCUAAAAAAAUGAGAGUUCCUUAUUUAAGUCUCAAUGUAGAAGUAAAGCUACGCCUUAUUCAGCUGGCUGGCUUACUUUUCGCUACAGAAAUUGAGAUUAAGAUGAUGCAAUUGCAUUCUAUUACCGUCUCAAUAGGUUUCCAAUAGACCAUCCAAUUCUAUCAGUUAAAGCCUAUUGUUAUGCCUAUGGUGUUAUACUGUGCAUUUGUUAUGAUUGUGCCAUUUUUAAUGUUCUUAACAUGUGGUCCUGCAAGGGAGUUGUGGCCAUGCCAAAUCCUAGGAGACAUAGAGCCUAGCUGCAGCGGCAUAGUGGUAGUGACACAAUAAAUUUAUGAACUGUUUUCAUGCUCUCCCACAGGAUUACUAACAUCCAAAAUGAUGCUUCUUUCAUAUUUGGACAUAUAGCAAUGGUUAGAAAGCUAUCUGGCUUCGGUUAUUUGCGCAACUUAGGAGUUUACUGCUACUUCAGCUCAGAAUUGUUGGGUAAGAUCUCAUAAGAUAGAAGUUCCCCUAUCAUUUUCAUGUACCAUUGCCACCGAAUAUAAGCAGCCUCUUCUCAAUCAUGGUGGACUAAAUGCCUAAAGCAAAUAUUAUCUACAUGAAGUCUCUCGGUAGAUUUUCUGAACUGCACAACACGACAGCAUGCUUGCUUACGCCCCAUUGUGUUUUAAUAAUUAUAUUUUAUAUCUGACAUUCCCUUUUUUUCGUCAGGCUUUAACAUCAAAUGCUUUGUUGUUGCUUCCAGCGUGAAAUUUCAGCUAAUCAAAGGAAAUUGUCAGCGAGUUCCUUCUGGUGGCUACGGGUCCGAAUACUCAGCAUGAACACAUGGGCUCCCAACUAGUAUGCAGAAGAGGGCUUCCAAAAGGUGAUUAUGGCCUCGGAUUGUCUAUCCUAUCAUCCAGAGAAUUUGGUCGGGAACACGGGAUUGAUCCAUGGCGGGAGCGGGGAGCCCUUGUUGCUGACAUGAAGAAGCGUGCAACCUACCUUCCUGGAGUGCUCCUUUUCACAUGUUAAUCGACUGUCUAAUGUAGCAUCACACAAUUUGGCUUGCUGUCCGGAGCUUUUAAUGUCUUUGGUUCUAUAACCCUAGAAUGUAUCCGGGAAGUGCCCCGUUCUAAUGCUAGCUAAUCAAUAGCUGCGAUUAUCCUUUUUUUAAAAAAAAAAAAAGCAUAUACAUGAUCAUUCGGCAAUCUUUGAUAUUACAGACUUUGAAGUUGAUCUAGCCAUGUAAAUGUACGGACGCCACGAGUUCACACAAUUCGGCAGGAUUGAAUUAAUUUUGCUCAA